AAACAUAUUACUCCUUUGAUAGUGAAAUUCGACAAACCAGUACUCGCAAAACCCUAAUUCCCAAACCCCAGCGGCAAUGGCCGACGUCAAAACAGUUGAUGAAGGAGGCGAAUUCCCCGAAAAACGCAAGCUCGAUCUCCAAAAUUCCGUUAAGAAAGCCCUAGAUGAUUCAAAGGACACUGAUGAUUCGAGUAAGAGGCAGAAAAUCGAAGUUCCCAUCGGCAAAAACGGCUCCGUUCCACUUGUCGCUGGUGAAAAUGCAGCGAAAUCGGAGGAACAUGUGAAUACCGUUGCUGCUGCUGCGGAGGAAGAUGAGGACGACGAUGAAGACGAAGAAGACUACAAUGCCGAUCAAGACGAAGAUGCAGACGAGAAUGCGAACGGGGAAGCCGCCAAUGUCGACAGAAAAGGGAAGGGGAUUAUGGUGGACAGGAAAGGGAAGGGCAAAAUGAUUGAAGACUCCGACAACGAGGAUUCCGACGGCCAUGUAGAUGAUGAUGACGACUCGAGUGAUGAUUCCGACAGUGAUUUCUCCGAUGGACUUGAUGAGAGUGAUCUGGAGGAUGACCCGCUUGCGGAGGUUGAUUUGGACAACAUUUUGCCGUCGAGGACCAGGCGGAGUCGAGCGCAACCUGGGGUCCGGAUUUCCAAUGAUCAUGACAAGGGUAACGAUGCGUGAUCGGAAUUUUUUUGAUGUUAGGUGAAAAGAUUGUGGGAAGUGUAGCUUUAAUUUGACAUUGUGCUGUGCUAUGAUUUUCUUUAAGUUUGGACAAGGGAGCCCAUUAUUGUACCUGUUCAGACGUUCCUUUCAUCAAUUAAUGGGAUUUUUCCUUA